AGGAACCGGCGUGAUCUCGCGAUAUCUGUCUCAUUUUCAAGAUGGCGGCUUCCAUAGAGGAGCUGGUGGCUUCCCUUACUAGCCCGGAGCUGGAGCCCCUUGAGACGCUGCAGGCCCUGAAAACAGCAGCUCUGGCUGUGCCCAUGAGUAUCCUGAAGGAGAAGGUCCCGGGGCUGCGUCUGGGCGGGAUAUUCUCUCUCUUGAACGUGAACGACCGAGAGCAGAUCACUGUGUGUGUUGGGAUACUCGAGCGCUUCCUACAGGCCUUGGAGCCAGUUGACAUUGCCAGAAACUAUAAAGAGGAGCUUCAAAGAGGACUUUACCACCCUGACGAUUCUGUUAAGACCCUCGCCAUAACCCAGGUGGGAAGGAUUGUGGAAUGUUCUGUGGCGCUGACUGAAAUAUUCAACAACCUGGAGCUGCUGAAACAAAUAAUCCUGAGCAUUGGUGGAGACAAGUUAUCUGUGGCCAAGGAGGCAAUUAAAUCGCUUUCAAAAAUAGCUCAGACCACAUCUGGCUUAAAUGUACUGUUCAGCACCAACUUAUUGGCGGAACUAAAGAAAGUCAUGGCGAUCAGCGACAUUGUGCGAUACCGUAUAUAUGAGUUAGUGGUGGAGAUCUCCUCGGUGUCUGCGGAGUCUCUGGAGUACUGUGUAAACAGCGGGAUUGUCUCUCAGCUGCUGGAUGAGUUAACUGGGGAUGAUGUCUUGAUCAGAGUAACCUGCACUGAAAUGGUAACGUCCUUGGCCACGCCUCUGCACGGACGCCAGUAUCUGGCACAACAAGGAAUCAUCGAUAAAAUAUCCAACAUGAUUCUUGGAGCCGACUCGGAUCCCUUCUCCGGCUUCUAUUUGCCAGGACUGGUGAAGUUUUUCGGGAACCUCGCCGUGAUGGACAGCCCGCAGCAGAUCUGUGAGCAAUAUCCGGCGUUCCUAAACAAAGUCUAUGACAUGGCGGGAGGCCUUGACAUCACCAUGCUGGGAGUGGCUGUCGACACACUGGGAAUCCUGGGCUCUAAUGUGGAAGGGAAGCAAGUUCUGCAGAAGACAGGGGGUCAAUUUCAUACCAUUCUGAAGAGGAUCGGGCACCAUGCCAAAAACUCCCCCACAGAAAUAAGGGUGCGCUGCCUGGAUGCCAUCUCCUCUCUCUUGUACAUCCCUGAAGACUGCCACACGGAGGAUCUUUUGGCAAUGGCAACAACCUGGUUUCAUUUGUUAUCGGCGCAGCCCAUGGAUUUCUUCCGGAGCAUUGCCAGCCAGCCUUUCCCAGAGCUGCACUGCGGGGCCUUGAAAGUCUUCACUGCCGUCGCCAACCAGCCGUGGGCACAGAAACUGAUGAUCGAAAGUCCCGGCUUUAUAGAAUACAUCGUGGAUCGAACUGUCGACCCUAACAAAGAAUCCAAGGACGCCAAAUUCGAACUGGUGAAAUCGCUCGCCAGCUCCAAAACUGUCGCGGAAACCAUCGGCAACCAACAUCACCUGAGGCUGCGCUCCUACCUCCGCGAGGGCCCUUACUACAUAAAAGCAGUCUCUUCCGUGGCCGUAGAAGGUGCCGAGUAGAAAAUGCUGGAGAAGAAUAUUUGCACUACCCUGGAACCAAUCAAACGCGGCGCUGAAGGAGUGAGACCGUAAAGGAAGCACUUGUUUAUUUCUGCUGCAGAAAAAAGCCUGUGGCCUCCAUUGUACCUAGUAAAUGCUGGACGCUCUGCUGACUUAAUGAUUGCUAGCUCUUCAUCUCCUCAUAUGUUGUUUGAGCAGAUAUUUGCAUAAGUAAUGUUGCAUUAUUGCGCUAUAUUUAUCAAAGAGUGACUUUAGAGAUCGCCACAGUGAAAUUCCGCCGCUCUCCAUUCAUUUCUACGGGAUUUCUAAAAGCGUAUUUAUCAAUGGAUGAAAGUAAAAGCUCAUCCUUUGAUAAAUACGCCUUUCAAAAUCCCAUAGAAAUGAAUGGAGAGCGGCGGAAUUUCACUGUGGCGAUCUCUAACGUCACUCUUCGAUAAAUAUACCCUCUGGCGUUUUCCGGAUAGCAGAUCUUACCGUAAAUGGGUGUAGAAUUUAAAUGAGUGCAGACAGAUUUUAGGGCUCUGAUGUGUUCAGGACAUGCAAUGGCAGUUUACACGAGUGCCGGCUCUUAACAACCCGCUAAUGAUUCAGAUUGCAGAAUCUGAGAGUUGUCAUUGGUUAGCAGCUGGAGAAUGUAGAUCUUGGACCAAUCGCAAUGCUGUAAUGCUUGUUUGAUAAUAAAGCUGACUUUGUGACAUCA